GUGAAGCCUUCAAGGGGAUCUCCAGGAAGCUGUAUGACAAGCCCAACUCCAUCGAGGAGCUGUCAGAACAGAGGGAGUGGAUGAAGACCAUUCCUGAAGCCCUCAAGACACACGAGGAGGCUAUCAACAAGGCUAUGACAGACUAUGAACUGAUUGAAGAGUUCUACUACAACCUGUCACAGGAUGACUUCAACGCCAAGUGGACAGCGAUUGGUUGGCCCUACAAGAUCGUGGACCAGAUGGACAUGACACUGCAGCAGCUGGAGGAGGACGAGGAACGCUUCCGUAAGAUCCAGCUGUCUGACCAGAACAACUUCCAGGACAGACUGGACACGCUGCAGAUGGUUGUUGCUGGCUUCGCUGCCCACACUGACAUCAGUAAGGCCCACGAGAUCGCCAACGAGGUGCGACGCAUCAGUAAACAGCUGAAGGAGAGUCAGGAGCUGGCUCAGACCUACAACAACAGGGAGAGACUGUUCGAGAUGCCGGUCACUGAUUACCAAAAGCUGUCCAAGAUGGUGCGUGACUUCGAGCCGUACAGAAACUUGUGGCUGACCACUUCGGACUGGCUCAAGUGGCACGAGAGCUGGAUGACCGACCCGCUGACCACCAUCGACGCAGAAGCCCUGGAGACACAGGUCAACAACUCCUACAAGACAAUGCACAAGUGUGUCAAACUCUUCAAGGAUGUACCAGGCUGCCAGCUGGUUGCCACGGAGAUGCGUACGGGUAUCGAGGAGUUCCGCCCGUACAUCCCGCUGAUCCAGGGCCUGCGUAACCCCGGCAUGCGCAACCGCCACUGGGAGCAGCUCUCCUCCGAACUGGGCUUCCCUGUCCGACCCAAAGCCAGUCUGACCUUUAGCAAGUGUCUUGAUAUGAAGUUGCAGGACCAUAUCGAAGUCAUUGCUAAAGUCGCAGAGGUGGCUGGGAAGGAGUACUCCAUCGAGCAGGCCCUGGACAAAAUGGAGGCUGAGUGGGACCCGAUCAAGUUUGAGAUAAUCCCGUACAAGGAGACAGGGACGUACAUCCUGCGCAGUUCUGACGAAUCGUCGCAGCUUCUGGACGACCACAUCGUGAUGACACAGAGCAUGUCCUUCUCUCCGUACAAGAAGCCGUUUGAGGAGAGAAUCACCACAUGGGAGUCCAAACUGAAAAUGACACAGGAUGUGCUGGAUGAGUGGCUGUUGUGUCAGAGGUCAUGGCUGUACCUGGAGCCCAUCUUCAGCUCGGAGGACAUCAACCGUCAGCUGCCCGUGGAGGGGAAACGCUUCCAGACCAUGGACCGCAUGUGGAGGAAGAUCAUGAAGAACGCCAACGACAACCCACAGGUGAUCUCUCUGUGCCCUGACGCCCGUCUGUUGGAGAACCUGACGGAGUGUAACAAGCUCCUGGAGCAGGUACAGAAGGGACUCAGCGAGUACCUGGAGACCAAGCGAUCCGCCUUCCCACGAUUCUACUUCCUGUCCGACGACGAGCUUCUGGAGAUCCUGUCACAGACCAAGGACCCGAAGGCCGUCCAACCGCAUCUCAGGAAGUGCUUCGAGAACAUGGCUAAGCUUCACUUUGAGGAGGACCUGGCCAUCACUAAGAUGUUCUCCAUGGAGGGAGAGUGUGUUCCAAUGUCGGAGAAACUCUACCCGACUGGGAACGUGGAGGACUGGCUACUGGAGGUGGAGAGGGUCAUGAGGGAGAGCCUCAGGACUAUUAUUGGAUGGUCCCUGGCUGUCUACCCAGAUACCAAGAGAACUGAGUGGGUCCUGGACUGGCCUGGACAGAUUGUCAUCGCAGGCUGUCAGACGUUCUGGUCAAAGGAGGUGUCCGACUCUCUGGAGGAAGGAAAGCUGCCCGAAAGACUGGACAUUCUUAUUGAUCAGUUGGCAGGUCUUGUGGGGCUGGUCAGAGGCAAGCUGUCCAAGAUGCAGCGAGAGAUCCUGUCAGCACUGAUCGUGAUCGAGGUGCACGCACGUGACGUCGUUGCAAACAUGGUGGAACUGGAGGUCAAGAACGUCAACGACUUCGAGUGGAUCAGUCAGCUCAGAUAUUACUGGGUGACAGACAACCUGUACGUGCGCGCCGUGAACGCGGAGUUCCCGUACGGUUACGAGUACCUGGGGAACACAGGACGACUGGUCAUCACCCCGCUGACCGACAGGUGCUACCUCACACUGACUGGAGCGCUCCAUUUGAAGUUUGGGGGUGCGCCAGCUGGCCCAGCUGGCACUGGAAAAACUGAAACAACCAAGGAUCUGGGUAAAGCCAUGGCAGUGCAGUGUGUGGUGUUCAACUGUUCUGACCAGCUGGACUUCAUGGCCAUGGGCAAGUUCUUCAAGGGUCUGGCCAGCGCCGGCGCCUGGGCCUGCUUCGACGAGUUCAACAGAAUCGACAUCGAGGUGUUGUCAGUGGUCGCACAACAGAUCAUCACCAUUCGGAAGGCCCAGCAGCAAAAGUUGGACCGGUUCAUGUUUGAGGGGGUAGAGAUCGCCCUGAAAGCGGCCUGUGCUGUGUUCAUCACCAUGAACCCCGGGUACGCCGGCCGUACGGAGCUGCCAGACAACCUGAAGGCCCUGUUCCGUCCCGUCGCCAUGAUGGUGCCCGACUACGCCAUGAUCGCCGAGAUCUCGCUCUACUCCUUCGGGUUCUCGGACGCCAAGGUGCUGGCGAAGAAGAUCACCACGACGUUCAAACUGUCAUCUGAACAGCUCAGCUCACAGGACCACUACGAUUUCGGUAUGCGAGCGGUGAAGACCGUGAUCUCGGCGGCGGGUAACCUGAAACGAGAACACCCUGACAUGAAUGAGGACGUCAACGUGCCAAAGUUCCUGGUGGAGGACCUCAAGCUCUUCACAGGUAUCGUGUCGGACUUGUUCCCAAAGAUCAAGGAGGAACCGAUCGACUACGGCACUCUGGACUCCUCGCUAGUCGCCAGCUGUGAGAAACUGGGCAUCAAGGAUGUGCGAGGUUUCAUAACCAAGUGUAUCCAGCUGUAUGAGACUACGGUGGUGAGACAUGGUCUCAUGUUGGUUGGGCCGACAUGUUCUGGUAAAACCAUGUGCUACAAGACACUACAGGCAGCCAUGACUGCCUUGAAGGGCGAGCCAGCAGUAGGAGGGGGUGUGUACGAGGCUGUGCAUGUGAACGUGGUGAACCCCAAGUCCAUCACCAUGGGUCAGCUGUACGGAGAGUUUGACCUGCUGACCCACGAGUGGACAGACGGAAUCUUGUCCACCCUGGUACGCGAGGGCACCGCUGCCACGGACUCAGACAAGCGCUGGUACAUGUUUGAUGGUCCUGUGGACGCUGUGUGGAUUGAGAACAUGAACACAGUACUGGACGACAACAAGAAACUCUGUCUCAGCAGUGGAGAGAUCAUCAAACUCACAGAACACAUGACCAUGAUGUUUGAGGUACAAGACCUUGCGGUUGCGUCCCCUGCCACGGUGUCGCGGUGCGGCAUGGUGUACCUGGAGCCCCAGAGCCUGGGCAUCAUGCCGUUUGUGGAGUGUUGGCUGAAGAAACUGCCUGCCUGCAUCGUUCCUCAUGAAGAGAAGCUCCAGUCUCUGUUUAACAGCUUCCUGGAGGAUGCCAUCAAGUUCAAGUCAGACAACAUGAAGGAAUAUGUGCCGUCAGUGGAUGGAAACUUGGCUUUCAGUCUGAUGCGACUGUUGGAGUGUUUCUUCCACCCCUUCAUCCCCAAGGAGGGAGAACCACCUGUGCCUGAGGAGAAACUGAUGAGAAUUGAGGAGUUGAUCGAGCCUUGGUUCGUGUUCUCGCUGAUCUGGUCCGUUGGCGGGACGUGUAACAACGACGGGCGUGUGCGCUUCAGCCAGUGGGUACGGGAGCGAAUGGUGAAGGAGAACAUCGCGCUGCAGUUCCCCAGCGAGAAUCUCGUGUACGACUAUCGCCUAGACGACGCGGGGCUCAGCAAGAAACAGUCAAAGGAUGACGUGACAGAGGAGGAUGAGGGAGGGGAGGUAAAACAGAUCCGCUGGACCAGCUGGAUGGACAGUCUGCCCGAGGUCAACAUCUCGCUGGAAACACGAUACUCCGACAUCAUCGUCCCGACCAUGGACACCAUCCGCGGCGCCGCCAUUACUGAGCUCCUCUUAACCAAUCACAAAAAGGUGUUGUGUGUGGGACCCACAGGUACAGGGAAGAGUCUGACUAUCCAGGACAAGUUGUCCCGUGGGAUGCCACCUGAGUUCCUGUCUGACUUCAUCGCUUUCUCAGCACAAACCAGCGCAAACCAGACACAAGAUCUCAUCAACAGCAAACUGGACAAACGGAGGAAGGGUGUGUUUGGGCCCCCUCUGGGGAAGACUUUCAUCAUCUUCAUCGACGACAUGAACAUGCCGGCACUGGAGGUGUACGGAGCACAGCCCCCUAUCGAACUCAUCAGGCAGUACAUGGACCAUGGGGGAUGGUAUGAUCAUAAGAUGAUUGGCGCGUUCCACAACCUGGUGGACAUCACGUUCAUCGCUGCGAUUGGUCCUCCUGGUGGCGGCCGAAACCCAAUUACCCCCCGUCUCCUCCGCCACUUCAACUUCCUGACUUUCACAGAGAUGGAGGACUUCAGUAAGAGGCGUAUUUUCGCCACCAUCCUGGGAGCAUGGAUGCAGGGUGUUCCCGUGGAGAAGGACGUUAACGGCAAACUGGUGGACGCGACCAUCGAGAUGUACAACACCAUCACUACUCAGCUCCUGCCUACACCCGCCAAGAGUCACUACACUUUCAACCUCAGGGACUUGUCCAAGGUGUUCCAGGGUGUACUGAUGGUUGAGCCAGGGAAGGUGGAGAACAUGGAGGCCCUGCUGCGGCUCUGGUACCACGAGAGCUGCCGCGUCUUCAAAGACCGUCUGGUGGACGACACGGACCGUGAAUGGUUCGACGACCUUUCUAAGGAAAAGAUGCAGAAGCUUGGUGUGCCAUUUGAAGAGGCUGUCCCCCAGCUGCCUGUGUUGUUUGGUGACUUCAUGCAGCCGAACUCUGACAACAAACUGUACAACUACAUCAGUGACAUCCCCAAAAUGGUGCAGAUCAUGGUGGACUAUCUGGACGACUACAACCAGAUCAACACAGCGCGGAUGAGGCUGGUGUUGUUUAUGGAUGCGGUGAAGCACGUGUGUCGGAUCAGCCGCAUCAUUCGCCAGCCGCUCGGCAACGCUCUGCUGCUCGGGGUGGGAGGCAGCGGGCGCCAAAGUCUCACCAGGCUGGCAACCCACAUGGCCGAGUAUGAUGCCUUCCAAAUUGAGCUGUCAAAGAACUACGGUAACACAGAGUGGAGAGAGGAUCUCAAGUCUAUCAUGCUGAAGGCUGGCCUGGAGAGCAAGCCUAUGGUGUUCAUCUUCCCAGACACACAGAUCAAGAGUGAAUCCUUCCUUGAGGACAUCAACAACAUCCUGAACUCGGGAGACGUACCAAACAUCUAUGCCCAGGAUGAGCUGGAUAAUAUCUACACCUCCAUGAAACCCAUUGUACAAGACGCCGGGAUUGCACCCACCAAGACUAACCUGUACCAGGCUUACACCAAGAGAGUCAGGAGUAACACUCACAUGGUGCUCUGUAUGAGUCCGAUCGGAGAGGUGUUCCGUGCCCGUCUGCGUCAGUUCCCGUCGUUGGUGAACUGUUGUACAAUUGACUGGUUCAGCGAGUGGCCGGCAGAUGCCCUGACGUCAGUGGCUAACACCUUCCUACAGGAGAUACCAGACAUCGACAGUACGGACCAGGACCUCAUGGAUGGACUGGUUAAGAUGUGUAUGGCGAUGCAGCUGACCGUGGCUAAGAAGUCGACCCAGUACCUGGCGGAGUUGUCACGUCACAACUACGUCACCCCGACCAGCUACCUGGAACUGCUGGGCAUCUUCUCCAGACUACUGGGCAUGAAGAAAACAGAACUCAACACUGCCAGGAAUAGGAUGAAGACUGGUUUGGAUAAGGUGCGUGCCAUGCAGCGUCCCCCUGGUGGUGUGAGGAUGGUGAUAGAGGCUGUCUGCAUCAUGAAGAGCAUCAAACCUAAGAAGGUCGCCGGGGACCAGCCUGGUAAGAAGGUGGAUGACUACUGGGACCCUGGCAAGGCUCUGCUACAGGACCCCGGAAAAUUCCUCGAGAGCCUUUUCAAAUAUGACAAGGACAACAUUCCAGACAGUAACAUCAAGUUGAUCCAGCCGUACAUUGAUAAUGAGGAGUUCCAGCCCGCAGCCAUUGCCAAAGUCUCCAAAGCCUGUACCUCCAUCUGCCAGUGGGUCAGAGCCAUGCACAAGUACCACUUUGUGGCCAAGUCUGUGGCACCCAAAAGGGCUGCCCUAGCAGGUGCCCAGGAGGACUUAGCCCGGACCCAGGCCAUCCUGGAGAAGGCUAAGGCCCAGCUGGCUGAGGUGGAGGAGGGCAUCGCCACGCUCCAGGCUAAGUACGAGGAGUGUGUCGCCAAAGAGGAGGAGCUGGAACAGAAGUGUGACGAGUGUGAACAGAGACUGAUUCGAGCAGACAAGUUGAUUGGCGGGCUGGCAGACGAGAAAAUCCGUUGGGCGGAGUCAGUAAAGUACCUGGAGAAGAUGGUGGACAACGCCAUCGGAGACGUGCUGGCGGCAUCGGGCGCAGUCGCUUACCUAGGAGUCUUCACAGGUGAAUAUCGACAAGACCUGCUGAACAUCUGGAUCGAGGGACUGAAGGAGAACGGAGUGCCUCAUUCCCAGGAGCAGUCCCUGACAAGCACACUGGGAGACCCCGUCAAGAUCCGCAGCUGGCAGAUCGCGGGGCUGCCGCGGGACAACCUGUCCGUGGAGAAUGGUAUCGUGGUGCAGUUCUUGCGCCGUUGGCCGCUCUUCAUCGACCCACAGGGACAGGCUAACAAAUGGGUGAAGAACAUGGAAAAGGAUAACGGACUUGACGUGUUGAAACUGACGGACCGUGACUUCCUGCGUAGUCUGGAGAACGCGGUGAGGUUCGGUAAACCCUGUCUACUGGAGAAUGUGGGAGAGGAGAUGGACCCUGCACUGGAACCCAUCCUGCUGAAACAGACCUUUAAGCAGUCUGGUAGCACAGUGAUUAAGCUGGGAGAUGCUGUCAUCCCGUAUCACGAUGACUUCAAGUUCUACAUCACCACAAAACUGCCCAACCCUCACUACACACCCGAGGUGUCUGCUAAGGUUACUCUCGUCAACUUCACUCUGUCUCCAAGUGGUCUUGAAGACCAGCUGCUCGGCAUUGUGGUUGCAGAGGAGCGGCCUGAUCUGGAGGAGGCGAAGAAUCAGCUGAUCGUGUCCAACGCCAAGAUGAAGCAGGAACUAAAGGAGAUCGAGGACAAGAUCUUGUACCGACUGAGCGCCUCGGAGGGAAGCCCUGUAGACGACGUGGAUCUUAUCAAGACACUGGAGGCCUCCAAGAUCAAGUCUGCUGAGAUCAAGGCUAAAGUGGUGGUUGCAGAGCAGACAGAGAAGGACAUAGAUGAGACCAGGUCCCAGUACAUCCCUGUAGCCGUGCGCACACAGAUCCUCUUCUUCUGUGUCACUGAUCUGGCCAAUGUGGACCCCAUGUACCAGUACUCCUUGGAGUGGUUCAUUUCCAUCUUCCUCAACGGCAUUGCUAAUGCUGAAAGAGCAGAAAAGAUCGAGCAGCGUAUAGAGAACAUCAAUGAGUACAUGACGUUCAGCCUGUACAGUAACGUGUGCCGCUCGCUGUUUGAGAAACACAAGCUCAUGUUCGCCUUCCUGCUGGGAGCUCGCAUCCUCAUGAACGAUGGGAAGAUCGACAUGGAUGAGUGGAGGUACCUCCUGGCUGGUGGAACCAUGGUGCCUAAAGAGCUGCCUAACCCUGCCCCUCAUUGGCUGUCAUCUCGGUCCUGGGGAGACAUCCUCACUCUACAGGCACUGUGUGCAGUUCUGUACACCAGUGUGAGCGGACAGAGGAGACUGAGAGUUCACAACCUCUCGCUGAACUGCUGCAGCACCAUGGCCGACCUCUACAAGAGCUGUGAGAUGGACGCCAUCAUGAACAUUCUGUCCAAACAAGCUGUGAGAUCUGUGGUGAACUCCACUCCCAAAGCCAUCCGUGAGCAGCUGAUGGCUCAGUGUGCCAACAUCCUGGCUACGUACAGGAAAACCUGUGCCAGCCCCUCAUCCGCAGGACAGUUGAUCCUGCCAGAGUGCAUGAAGCUGCUGCCCCUGUACGUGAACUGUGUGCUGAAGAGUGACGCGCUGCAGGGAGGGGCCAAGACGUCGACAGACGACCGCGCCUGGCUCAUGCACCUCCUCAGCUCCAUGGACAUCUCAUCAUCCGGGGCGUUCUUCUACCCCAGGUUACUCCCCCUGCACAACCUGAGCCCAGACAAAGACGACGUUCCCACAGCGAUCAGGUGUUCGAUCGAGCGACUGAAGGAUAACGGAGUUUACCUGUUGGAAAACGGAGUCUCCAUGUUCAUGUGGAUCGGGAUGAACGUCGACACCGAGUGGAUACAGAGCGUCUUCGGCGUGCAGUCGGUCGCACAGAUCGACAUCGACUCCGGCACCCUGCUAAGCCUGGACAACCCCCUGUCUGCCCGCGUGCGGAACCUGGUGCAACACAUCCGCAGCCAGAGGAGCAGGUUUAUGAAGCUGACGAUUGUGAGACAGCGGGACAAGUUGGAGCCGUGGUUCCAGCACUUUCUGGUGGAGGACAAGGGUCUGUAUGGGGGGGCAUCAUACGUGGACUUCCUCUGCCACAUGCACAAGGAGAUCAGAAACCUCCUCAGCUGAGGGCCGACUUAGGAACGAUCUCAAGACUCUGUGUACAUUUCUUCAUCCUAAAGUCGCCCUGCCUACGUCUGACCAUGUCAACUUGGAGAAUAACAGAACAGAGCUUUGACAUAACAGGUUACAGUGUUACAGUAUAAAAAGAGUUGGAAAAUUCCAGGUCAUUAUUAGUUCUUUACUUGUGGUAAGUUGUCUUUGGGCUAUUAGCAGUGUCUUCCUUCAUAUGAAAGGAGCAAUUUUGGGGAGGGGGCUGGAAUUUGGGCAAAUACAAUAAAUAUUUGGGCAAACAGACAAUAUGCAAUAUGUGCUGCAGCAACCAUGAAACUGAGUUAAUGUGGCCAACAUUUAAAACUAGAUCCCUAAUAUAACCCGGACUAACUAUCUCAAACCACAGAGCCACUGUGUAACUAGUUUUGCUCUAAAACUCUAAAAACGAACGAAAACAAACCUCUAUGAUUAGUCCCGGCCGCCAUCUUGAAAAGAAUGACCUCCCGCUGACCUUUGGGUCUCUCACCGCAGUUCGCGGCUCCACGGUAUCUCGAAGCAGAUGUUACGGUGACGGCGCAAUUUUAACGUCAAAUGGAUCCAAAUGUUAUUUUACAGCAAGAUGACCUGAAAUUUGGCAUAGAGGUAGAGUGGGCAAUUAUUAACCCCAAAUUUUGUUAUGUUCACCUUAGGCCACACCAAUUUAAUUUCUUGGUUAAUGGAUUUUUCUAGAAAAAUAAUGGAGCGGGCGGGCGAAAAAAAAUAAAGAUAAAAACAGGCCUAGGCAUCCUAUUAUGGCCCAAAAUGGUACCAUAGGAGCCAUGAAGUCAACACACCAGGCUGGUUCAAAAUUUAAACAACGAAUUUUGAACUUUUAAUGAUACCACUGCAUUGAAAGAUGUAAUAACUGUAACAACUAGGGAGAAAAGGACUGUUUUCAACUGUUCAGGGCAAAAUAUGAGCAUUUUGCAGUUGAGUCUGGAUUUUCAUUUUUAUUUGCAAAUCAGAAAAAAAUUAAGCGGCGAAUCUGUUAACCAAGAAAUUAAAAUGGUGUGGCCUUAAUGCACAGCUGUAGUUUUCACAAUGUAGCCUUUAGAAUAUGUGCGCCUUUUUUUCUAUAUCGUAAUUAGGGUUUAAAAGAUGAAUGUUUUAUAAUAAAUGAUGCGAACACACUCA